UUUAUUCUGAUGAACAUUUAAUUGAAAUAAUUUGUAGGCCUGAUCAUUUUAUAAAUAAUUCUUUCUUUAUCGAUGAAAUUAAAAGCUUGCUUGCGCAAUCUCCACGAAGAGCUGAUUGCAAUCUAACGGAAAGAUAUUGCAAUAUGAAAUUGUUUCAUUACCUGAGGCAAUGUUCGGUGAGAGAAAAGUGGGAGAGAUUUAAGAAACAACCUCAUAGUCAGCAGCUUUUGGAACGGGGUGCUACUAUCGUAGCACAAUGGUUCCAACCCCAAAAAGAUGUAUUUUAUUCGUUUGUAAAAGCGUCACUAGAUAAUAUCGCAUUAGAAGUAUUGAAUUACCUCAGAGAAAAACACCCUGACCAUUCAAUAUUUUCGAUUUCUGCUGAAAAUUUUGCCUACUGGAAAAACAACAACAUCGACGAUAAUCAUUGGGAUGAAAUGGAAGGAACGCAAAUUAUGGAUGCACUCGAGGAAUAUAUAUUUGACAUAUUAAACUUUAAACUAAACAAAUCGAAAAACACAGAUUUGGAAUACAUGUGUAUAGAUAAUGUCUUAGAAAAUAAAUAUGGCCAAGAAAUAGUUAUAUUAAUAAUAUAUCACAGUGUGGCGAGGAGACUUGGCCUACGUUGCGAUAUAACAAAGGUGCCAUAUCGCUCCCAUAGACGUAUAUUUUGGAAACCAAAAUAUGCUACGAGUAGUUUAGAAGAUGCAAGAUCUUUUAACAUAAGUUUUAACACAUUCCCGGAUUGUCUCGUCAAGCAACGGUAUUCUAGAGAACCUUUUGCUGUAACAGCUAACGAGAUACUGCUGGAGAUGCUAGAAAUACUUGUAAAUUUAGGAUGGUAUAAUAACACUUUAAUGGUUACCCCGCAGGAAAUGGAAUUUGGAUUUUACGUCUGGAGUACGAAUUUAAAAGAGCUCAUUUUUCACGUCAAUGAAAUAGAACAAUCAAAUAUAAGACCGAAGGAAAUAAAAUUUGCGGUUGGAAUGAUUGUAACAUAUAAUCAAAAAAAAUUUAAUCACUCUGCAAAUAGUUCUGCCGGUGUAAUAGUCGGAUGGCACCGACAUGAAGAUAGACGGCAUGUGAAAUUUUCAGUAAACAAAUUAAAGGAUCCUGUGUUACCAUUAAAGUUUAUCUGUGGCAAUGUUAAUAGCACAAAAGCACAUUACAUAAUACUUAAUGAAAAUAACGAAAUGUGUUACGUCGAAGAGGAUGCUAUAACUAAAACAACGCCGAAAUGGAUUGAUAAUAAUGAAAUAGGGCGCUACUUUUGUAAAUUUGAAGAUACGCAUUAUGUGCCAAACGAAAUGCUGGCGAGGUAUUACCCACAUGAUGCCGCUAUAACUGCAACAACAUCUAACGAUUAG